CAUAUGCGCUCGAGUGUGUGCUAGUUUUACGCUGACUUCGACCACUUGAACAGCUAGCUAUUUCUGAUAGACACCCUAUGUUAUUUAUAAUCGUUGAUUAAUCUGUAAAUUAAUCAGAUUUUCAAUCGCUCGCCCUUCACUCUGUGUUUAAGGGCUUUGAAAAGCACAGCCAAAGAAUGAGUUUAACACGUGCAUUGUGUUUCACUGGAUUCAGUGCUAUUCUUUUAAUGAGUUUCCAGUUCUACAAUAUUGAUGCGUGUUCCUUUCUUCUGCCCAAUGUCUGUGAAAAUGUGACAUGUGCGAAUGGAAAGAACUGCAGCCAGUAUAUGAGCUACUGGUGCAGUAACAGGACCGGUGGAAUCUGCUAUCCCAUCGCCGUCUGCGAUUUAGCCAACGCUGAUCCCUGCAUGGCAAGUAUCGUGGACGGUUAUGCACAGCCUGUUAUUGCCGAAAUAAAUAUCCUGAAAUGCUAUUGUUAAUUUUGAAUUGCGGUUGUAGUUCACAAAAUGCACAGCGACUACCGAUUGUAUACGCGUUAAAGAUCGCUGCGAUUAUGGAAUUUGCACGCUAAAAUCCCAGU